AUGAUGCUCUUAACCUUUCCGUUCAUCUUCGCAGCUGCUGGCAGCUGUGCAAACCUGCUAUCUUCGCAUGCAGCAACCGUUACGGCGGCCGACAUUCACGAACCCAUCGCGAUAGAUGAUAACCCAGAGAGCGAGCCGCAGCACGAACGGUUUCAUGCACGAGAGAUAGCCUCCAUGGCGUACAGUCCGUCUGACGCUUUACUCACAAGACCAAACGGGGACACGACCACGUCAGAAAUGCCAUCUACGUCUCUGAUUACCCCCGGGAUACCAUCAGCAACAUCAGCUCCAUUCCCCGACGUACCAUAUGACCACCAUUCCGACGGCUCCGCAAUCACGCUCGCGAUUAUUGUGUCAAUUAUUGGAGGUGCACUUCUCCUUACACUGGCGGGAUGGGCAUGGCGUAAGCAGAAGAACAAGAAGAGCUUCGGCCCAGAUCAUCAUGAUGCGGAGUUGGCGAAGCAUAAGAUAAUAAAUGCUAGUGGUGCGCCAGGAGGGGCUAGUCGUCAUUAUAGCAGAGACAUGAGGGAGGCAGAGGCUAGGCCAUAUCAACGCUCUCCUACAGCGCAACGAUAUGUUAUACAGCAUUAG